ACUAAAGUUGUGAAUAGAGAGAAUGGCGGAUGAGAAAGUGAGUGUUGAUGAAGUUGAGACAAGAGACGUUUAUAGAGUUGCGUACGUGAUCCAUUUCUUGUUGGGUGCUGGUAGUUUAAUACCAUGGAACGCUUUGAUCACAGCCGUUGAUUACUUUGGCUACUUGUAUCCCGACAAGCAUGUAGAAAAAACUUUCACCGUGGCUUACAUGAGUUGCUCGGUCCUGGUUCUGAUUUUGAUGAUGACUUGGAACACAAGGUUGAGCUAUAGACUGAGGAUGAACUUGGGGUUUUCCAUGUUCAUCAUUUCCAUGAUGGUUUCGCCCACCAUAGAUUGGGUUUGGAAAGGUGAAAAGAGUGAGAAUGUUUCUUACCUCUUGAUGGUUGGAUCAGUCGUCCUAUGUGGUUUAGCUGAUGGAUUAGUCGGAGGAAGCUUGAUCGGUUCAGCCGGAAAACUUCCUAGACAGUACAUGCAAGCAAUUUUCGCAGGGACUGCCUCUUCAGGUAUUAUCAUUUCCGUCCUUAGGAUUACGACUAAAGCUUCGCUGCCACAGACACCGCAGGGGCUGCGAGCCAGUGCUCACUGCUAUUUCAUAGUCAGCUCCACUAUCUUACUCUGCUGCUUCCUUUGCUGUAACGUGCUCUACAAGUUACCAGUAAUGCAACAACAUCUUAGGUUUCAUCAACCUUUGUAUUCGAAUCUUACAAUAUGGAUGGUUGGGAGGAAGAUCAAGUGGCCAGCUUCGGGUAUUCUAAUAGUCUAUACCGUUACCUUAUCGAUAUUUCCAGGAUUUAUAGCUGAGAAUCUGAAGUCCGAACUUCUCCAGAGUUGGUAUCCUAUUUUGCUCAUCACAGUGUACAACAUCUCCGAUUUCGUAGGCAAGUCACUCACCGCAGUCUAUCUAUGGCAGAGUGUAAAAUGCGCUACAUGGGCUUGUAUCGUUAGGCUUCUCUUUUAUCCUCUCUUCUCUGCGUGUCUACGUGGACCGAAUUGGCUCAGAACAGAAGUGCCAGUGGUUGUUCUGACGUUCAUGCUAGGCCUCACCAACGGCUAUCUUACUAGUGUCCUCAUGAUACUGGCUCCCAAAACGGUUCAUGCAUCAGAAGCAGAACUUGCUGCAGUCUUCAUGGUUGUUUUUCUAGGAAUAGGUCUUGUUUGCGGCUCGAUCCUUGGUUGGGUCUGGCUCAUCUGAACUUGUCAUUGUAUUGUAUGCAUCAAAAAGUUUAUGAUAGAUAGUAAUUAGUUAUCCAUUCUCUAAGACAAUUAAAAAGUGAGAAAGGUGCCGGUUUGAAGAGAUGGUCCACUAAAAAAAUUGA